AACAGUUUGGAAAUCUUGAAGGUUCUAUAUUUCUCGCUCUUACCCCAUAUAUAAAAGAAAAGCGCAAUGCAACUUCUAUUCGAAUGCCUCUUGAUCUUGUCGGCAGUCUACUGCUCUUCGGCCCAGUACGAAUUAAAUCCCGGACCCAAUUUCCGAUCUGGCCCACAGCCAUCGUUUGAAGCUGAUCAAAUAAAGGCCGAUGACCGCUUCAUCAAAACAGCGUCGUGGACUCUGACAACGUUGACCGUCACUACAGUUACCACUAGCGUAACAACAUGCACCACCUCCACUGCCGGUCUCUCCAUCUGCACCGCUUCCGGCCGCCGUCGUCGUGGUCUUAACUUGAGCGGAAACAAGGAGGGGCGCGGACUCUUCUACAACGAGAACGAAGAACAGAGCGAAGAUGGCAGCAUUUUCCUUCCGCUACCUGAAAUAAACCAAGAUGAAGCCGUGAAAUCUGUAGCUGAGCCAACCCGAGAAGUCCGCAUGCAAGAAGCAGCACCGGUCCCAUUUGUCGUCCAGCCCGGAUUCAACGCUCCUGCCGGCCAAGGCCGAGUUUUGCUGUACUUUGGAACCUCAACUGUCACCACCACUUCUACGACAACAACCACUACUUCAUUAACUGCCGCCUGCCGAAGCACCACUGGGUACCAAUUGUGUGGAUCUACUGGCAAAUAAAGUUUUGCGUGACAAUCUUGUGCAUUUAUUUUGCCCUAUCAAAAAUUUGGGGACAAAUUCUGGUAUAUUUAUCAAAAUGACAAAAUAAAACAACCCUUUUAGACCUUUGUUGAAAGAAUUUAAUUGAAUUACUGGGCCAUUUUUUAUUGUAAUUUAUGGUGUGAUCGAGACCCAUUCCGUUUGGGAAAUGGUUGUAAAGUGAAAUGAAUACAUUUUUAAACCGUC